AUGGAUCCAGCUUAUCAGACUGAUGAUGAUAGAAAUCAGGCAAAUAUUUUAUAUCCUAGCUUAGACUUAUUUCAUUUACAGCCUGUGGAAUCUGUUCCGAGUGAACAAGCUCCCUGGAUUUCCGGCCCGCAAAAUCAAAAAUAUCAAUUUCAUAUUGGAAAGCAGUCGUGGCUAAGUGCGCGGGAAAAAUGUCUUGCACAAAAUGCCGAUCUUGUUAGUAUUGAGUCAAUCGAGGAAAUGCAAUGGCUUUUGUCUCACUAUAAACCCCAAUUUAACCAUUUACGUGAAAGACAAGUGCAAAUUGGGUUGUUGCUUGAUACAAUAGAAGGGGAGGCUGGCAGCAAUAGUGAUAGUGGCUUGACAUCUCGUGAAUGGCGUUGGGUAAAUGGGAAGCCGUUAAACUUGGAAAUUACAAAAUGGACAAUGGGAGAGCCAUUUGAUCAUGCAAAGGGGAAAGAGCGUUGUGCAUUACUUAAUAUAAACGAACGUCGCUUAGACGAUGUUGAUUGUGAUUUGGGAUCAGGUGCUGGUUUCAACUAUCGUUUUGUGUGCCAGCGGAGUCAUGAAAAACAUAUUGAGCAUGAAUCUUUAAACAAUCCAUUAUGGAAAAAGCUGGAAGAUAUUUUAACAUUUUUCGGAAUUUCUGAUAGAGAGGACGAUAAAAAGAAUUGUUCAUUACCAAUUGGUGCCAAGGAAGAAGGCUAUUGGGAAAGGGCAUUUAAUAAAGGAGAGGGAAACAGCGAAACUCAACAUAAAGAAAAGACUACUAUUGAGAAGUCGGAUAGUAUCACUGAGAAGAGUGAAUUAGAAAACACUAAAGGAGUCGAGAAAAACUCAAAAACCAAUAAGGAGGAUCGAGACUCUGUUUUAGGGGAUAAAACAAUUAUAGAAAAGAAGGUGAUAACAAAUAAAAACGAAGAAACAACAAAUAAAUUAUCAUCAUCUCCUGAACAAAAAUUAGCAAAAGAUGUUGAAAAAGUUGUGGAAGAAAAAAAAGUAUCAAAAGUUGGGGGAGUAACACAACACGCAACAUCAAAAAUUAUUGGGGGUGAAGAUGAACAACCUCCUAAUGAAUUAGAAAGCACUAGGCCGACAGGAGGUGCUGUAGUCUUACGACGAGUUGAAUCGCAUGUUUCUGCUUCUUCUAGUGUUGAUAAUAAAAAAAAUAAUAAUCAAGAGAAACUGAAGGAGGGAAAUGAAGAAGCUAAAAGUAAUAAGCUUGAAGAGGAACAAAGCAAAGUUUUGAAAGUUGCUGGAACAGAAGAGGCCAAUUUACGUGAAAAAGAGGCUUCUGAUUCUUCUGAUUCUAAUCGUGGGCAAAGCGGGCUUUCUGUACGUGAAAAAAGCCAGAUAAUAAAUUUAAACUCGAGAGAAAAUAUUCAAUCAUCGUUAAAUCCAAAGAAGCCUUUAAUUAUUUCUAAUGAUCCUUCAGAUUUAACAGAAGAUCGAAACACGAUUUCAAACAAAAAUUCGAGUGAUAAUGAGAAGGAGAAUAAAAAUGUUCAGAAUUUAUCAAAAUCUGUCCAAAUUACCGAGAAAAAAUUGGGAGAGGAUGAAACAUCGAAUAUUAAACAAUACACACUUGAAAAUAAAUAUAUUGUGAAUACACCAAAAGUGGAUAAGAAAAAUGAUGAGAAAAUCAAAGAAGAUAAGCUAAAUGCUGGGAAGAUCAACGAAGAAAAGAUAAGUGAAAAGGAAGAGAAGAAGGAAGAGAAGAAUGAAGAUAAGAUUAAAAAUGAUGAUAAAGAGGAUAAGAAGGGAGAAAAUGAAAGAAUUACGAUUGUUGAUGAAAAUAAAAUUAAGAAGGAAGAUAAGGAGAUUGAAAAAAUUGAAGAGAAUAAUAAAGAAAAUAAGGAAGUGAAGAAGGAUGAAGAAAGGAAGGAAGAAAACGAGAAAAAAUCGUAUGAGUUGAAGAAGAACGAGGUUAAUCGAGAUGAGGAGAUCAAAGAAGAAAAGAAGGUAAUCAUAGAGAAGGACAUCAAAGAAGAAAAGUUAAAAAGUGAAGAGACAAAAACAAGGAAGGAAAAACAUGAUGAAAAGGAAGAGAAGGAAGACAGGAAGAACUUAUUGCCGAAAUCAAAUAAUAUUCGGGAUGAAAGCAAGAAAUUGGAUUUGGAAAACAAUAAAGAAGAAAAACUUGAAGCAAAUUUAAUUAAGAAUAAAAUAAGCAAUGAGAUAAGGGAUGAGAAGAAGAACGAGGAAGUAUUAGCACUGAAUAAAGUCGAAGAAAAGAUCAGGGAGGAACAAAGUCUGGAACUUAAGGAUAAAGAUAAGAAGGAUGAUAACAAAUCUGGGAAGAAAUCUGAAAAUGCGGAGGUUAUACAAGAGAAAACUGUAGAAAUUAAAGAAGCAAAGGAAGAAUUAAACCAACAAUCAACGAAGGCGAACAAUGAAGCAAAGGAUGGUUUGAACAAUGGACCAGCUCAGGAUGUUAAAAAUGAAGCAACGAACUCCAAAAAUAAUGAAGUAAAUCAAGAAACUAAAAAGGAAGCAAAAUUGGAAGAAAAUAAGGAAGCAAAGGACGAAGCAAAAAUUGAAGCAAAGCAUAAAAUGAAGAUUGAAGCAACAGAGGCAAACGAAAAUGAAUCAGUAAACGAUGCGAAAUCUGAAGCAAAAGGUGAAACAAAGCAUGAAGCUAACAAAGUUUCAAUUUCAAAUAAAGGAACAAACAAUGAAGCAAAAAGUAAGGAAAAUAAUGAAGCUGAAACUAAAAUAAGCGAGGAUAAAACAAUAAAAACAAACAAGCCAACAAAACACCCAGAUCCACUCUCAGUCGUAGCAGAAACAUUAGAGCGUUCCUUAUCAAUCAAAGAAGAAACUAUUGAAAAGAAAAAAGAUGAAGCUGAAAAUAUGAUCAAAGAAAAACGUCAAAAACCAGAUGGAGUUCGUGACAGAAUUCAACAUUUGGAAAAAAUAAUAACUGAAGUUCAGCACAUGAUGGGUAUUGGGGAAAAAGGAGGGGAAGGGGAAUUAAUAGAAAAGACUAAUAAAGUUUUGGAAGAGGAUGAGGAAGAGAAAAAGUAUGAAAUUAAGAAGGAAGAAGGUAGGAAGAAUAUUAAAGAAGUGAAAAAGGAGAAGGAAGAAAAAAUAAGGGUGGAAGAAAAGGAAGAAAGCAAAGAGGGAUCUGGCAGUUCUGAAAAGGCUUUUCUGUCAUCUUCUACUAACUCCUCCACUCCUGUCAUCUCAUCUCCCUCAUCUACAAAUCCAAUAACUACACAACCUCACAAUCCUGUUCCUCAACAAAUUCAUGGCGAAAGAAAUUGGCGUCGCCGGCACUUUAGUUCUCCACUUGUUCAUAACAGCCAUUCAGCUGUAUCGAGAGGAGGUGGGGAUAUGGUACAGACAUUAAUGGAGAAUGCUCCUGAACUUCGAAUAUUCGAUAGAGCAGCUAAUCUGUAUGGGGAUUUGUUUCGAAUGAUGCUGGAUCCGGAAAUGUUACGUGAACAGUCGUCUAUUCCAGAGGGGAAACAUGAAGAAUAUGAUUAA